AUGGCAAUCAUGAAAGGAAUGGGACCUACUGUGAAGUGGUCAGCCAAGCUCAAUCCCAAAGCGAAGAGGGACAUGACCAAGUGGUGCAAAUUCUACGGUGACCAUGGUCAUAACACCGCGGAUUACAUCGCCCUAAGAUUGGAAGUUGCAGCACUACAGAAAAUGGGACAUCUCCGAGACCCAUUGACAGAUAAAGGGAAGAAUACAGUAAUUCAGUUUGAAGAUAAUAAGCCAGUCACCCUUGCCGCCUCUCAUCACGAUGCUCUGGUCAUCUCCUUCCAAAUCGCCAACAUCCUAGUCAAGAGAGUAUUCGUAGACGGGGGAUCCUCAGCAAAAAUCAUCUUCCUUGAAGCAGUGAAGGCCACAAGACUGGAUGAAACGAACAUCAAUAGACAACCAACCAUACUGGUUGGGUUUAGUUUCAAGCAGAAGUACACCAUCGGAGAAAUCGCCUUGCCUGUCUACACCAGCGGAGUCAACAAGGAAACCAUUUUCCUAGUGCUUGAUUGCCCCUCACCGUAUGACAUCAUCUUGGGUCGACCCUGGAUCUACGACAUGCGAGCUGUUCCAUCCACCUUACACCAAACUAUAAGGUUUUCAACAAAAUGGGGAGUAAGAGAAAUCAAGGGCAAUCCUAAGGCCUUUAGAGACUGCUACAAAAACGCCUUCAAAAGCAAAGGUCAUGCCUCAUAG